AGAGAGAUUUUUGACUUAUGCGUUCCUUCCUCUGCAAUGACUUCACCCGAUUCCAUUUCACUGACCGUUAAACACUCAACCCCUCAAUAAUAAUAUACUAUUAAUAAAUCAAUUUUUACCAGAAAAAACCCUCUCCAUUUCUCCGCUUGCAUGCUUUUAAUUUCCGCAAAAAAUUGACAUAAUAAGUUUUAAUGUCCAUUUUAUUCACGUUUGCUGACAAAUUACUAUUUCUUUGACUUUUGAUUUUAGCUUCUUCAGAUCGAGUUUUGGAUUAGGGUUUUGAGAUAUUGUAGCGAAGGUUGACUUUCUCGGUAGGUUUUGAGGUGGAGGUCGGUGGUUAUUUAGCAUUAGUUCAGUACAGUAGUGGCGAAACAUAGGUUUUUAAUGGAGAAUCUAGGUUUAUAGGUGAUGGGUUGGGGUCAAAUGUUAAUGGAUCGGUCGGUAUCUGCGAUCUCAAUCUUGGGUUUUUUCUGCUUAAUUAUCGGGAUUUCGCGAUUUUCUCGGGUUUCUGCCAACGCUGAAGGUGAUGCCUUGAAUGCAUUUAAGACAAACUUGGCCGAUCCUAACAAUGUUCUUCAGAGUUGGGAUGCGACACUUGUCAAUCCGUGCACUUGGUUUCAUGUUACAUGCAACAAUGACAAUAGUGUUACUAGAGUUGAUCUAGGCAAUGCAAAUUUGUCCGGUCAACUGGUUCCGCAGCUUGGUCAGCUCCCAUAUUUGCAAUACCUGGAACUUUAUAGUAACAACAUAAGUGGAAGAAUUCCAAAUGAUCUUGGGAACUUAACAAACUUGGUGAGCUUGGAUCUUUAUUUGAACAGUUUAACUGGUUCCAUCCCGGUGACCCUGGGUCAGCUUCAGAGAUUACGCUUCCUGAGACUUAACAAUAACAGUUUGACUGGAACUAUUCCUUUGUCUCUGACGACCGUCAUUUCACUUCAAGUCCUUGAUCUGUCAAAUAACGAUUUGUCAGGGACGGUUCCGGUCAAUGGCUCCUUUCAACUUUUCACUCCUAUCAGUUUCAACAAUAAUCCUAAACUGAUAGCUCCUCCCGUAUCUCCACCACCUCCACUUCCACCGACGGGUCCAUCUUCAUCGCGAGUUGGCAACAGUGCAACUGGGGCCAUUGCAGGAGGGGUUGCCGCUGGAGCGGCUCUUCUCUUUGCUGUUCCUGCGAUCGCGCUGGCUUGGUACCGAAGAAGGAAGCCACCAGUUCAUUUCUUUGAUGUUCCUGCUGAGGAGGAUCCAGAAGUCCAUUUAGGCCAGCUCAAAAGAUUUUCUUUGCGUGAACUCCAAGUUGCAACAGAUAAUUUUAGCAACAGAAAUAUUCUGGGUAGGGGUGGAUUUGGUAAGGUUUAUAAAGGACGGUUAGCAGAUGGUUCUCUUGUGGCAGUGAAAAGACUAAAAGAAGAACGUACACAAGGUGGAGAGCUGCAGUUUCAAACAGAAGUAGAAAUGAUCAGCAUGGCUGUGCAUCGAAAUCUCCUUCGGUUACGUGGCUUUUGCAUGACACCAACAGAGCGAUUGCUUGUUUACCCUUACAUGGCUAAUGGAAGUGUAGCAUCAUGCUUAAGAGAGCGAUCCGAAUCACAACCCCCACUUGAUUGGCCAAUAAGAAAGCGCAUAGCCUUGGGAGCUGCAAGGGGGCUUGCUUAUUUGCACGAUCAUUGUGAUCCUAAGAUCAUUCACCGUGAUGUAAAAGCUGCCAACAUAUUGUUGGAUGAAGACUUUGAAGCAGUAGUUGGUGACUUUGGGCUGGCCAAACUCAUGGACUACAAGGAUACUCAUGUUACCACGGCUGUACGUGGCACUAUUGGUCAUAUAGCUCCCGAGUACCUCUCCACUGGUAAAUCUUCAGAGAAAACUGAUGUUUUUGGAUAUGGAGUCAUGCUUCUUGAGCUCAUUACUGGGCAAAGAGCUUUCGAUCUGGCUCGUCUUGCCAAUGAUGACGAUGUGAUGUUACUGGAUUGGGUUAAGGAACUCCUAAAGCAGAAAAAAUUGGAAACUUUAGUCGAUGCAGACCUUCAGGGCAAUUAUAUUGAGGAUGAGGUGGAGCAACUAAUUCAAGUGGCUUUGCUUUGCACGCAAAGUUCCCCUAUGGAACGUCCCAAAAUGUCAGAUGUUGUCAGGAUGCUUGAAGGUGAUGGCUUGGCUGAGAGGUGGGAGGAGUGGCAGAAGGAAGAGAUGUUCCGUCAAGAGUUCAAUCACACCUACCAUCCGAAUACGGACUGGAUAGUUGCCGACUCCACUUCCAAUAUCCGACCCGAUGAAUUAUCAGGGCCAAGAUAAUCUUCCUGUGGUUCUACGAUCAAAAACUCAUGGAGAUCCUCUGUAUUUGAUUGAUAAUUGUCAUCUCUGUAAAUGAUCCUCAAAUCUAUUUUUCGAUUUUUGUUCAGUUUCCAGUUGAUAUCAUGUUUCAGAAUUUUGAUGAUGCAGGGAUGCUUGUAGGACACCAUUUGAUAUGUUCAUGUGCAAGUUAAUCACACCAGAAAUGUAUUUUUAUGUAUUAUUGAAUAGUGAAAUCAUAAAAGAAAAAAAAAUGGCAGAUCUGUUGCGACCAAGGAA